CGACUCGUGCCGAUGAGCCAGUCUGAACAGCAGCAGCUCGAGCCAGCAGCGGCAACUAGAACUAGCCGAGAGGUGUCUCCUACAGUGCAGCCGGCCGAGGCCAGGACGACGAGGACCACCUGAGCAGAGCCGGGCCAAGAGCAGCCGCAGAGCCCGCCGUACCGCGAGACCAGCUGCAACAUGGCCAGACCCAAGGUGUUCGUCAGCAACGCGGAGGUACCCGAGCCGGGCCUUGCGCUGCUCAGACAGGAGUGCGAGGUGGUCGAGGUGCCCUCCAACAACCCCUCCUACGACACCAUCCUCCAGCACAUGCCCAGCUCGGGCGUCGACGCCAUCUUCUGGUGCAGCAAGUACAAGCUCGACGCCGCGGUCGUCGAUGCAGCGGGCCCCGCGCUGCGGGCGGUCGCGUCCAUGUCGGCCGGCUACGACCACAUCGACGCCCACCUCCUCAAGCGGAGGGGCAUCCCCUUCGGCAACACCGCCAACGUCCUGAACGACGCGGUGGCCGAGACGGCCGUCGCCCUGGUGCUCACCGUGUCCCGGAGACUGCAGGAGGGGCGGCGGGCCCUGGAGCGAGGCUUGUGGGAGACCGGACGGCCGCAGUUUAUGCUGGGCCUUGACGUCGCGGGGAGCACCGUUGGAGUUGUCGGGCUGGGAGGCAUUGGGCAGGCUUUCGCCAAGCGCAUCAAGGCAUUCAACAUCGGGAAACUCCUGUAUUCUGGACACAAGCCGAAACCUGAGGCAUCAGCCCUGGGUGCAGAGUUUGUUUCCUUUGACGAACUAGUAAGAAAAAGCGACAUAAUUGUGAUGGCUUGUCCACUGACUGCGGAAACAAAGAAUUUGUUCAAUGCACAGGUCUUUGAUGAGAUGAAAUCUACCUCAAUCCUGAUAAAUGUUGGCCGGGGAGGUUGUAUAGAUCAAGAAGCACUAGUUGAUGCAUUGAAGACUAAGAAAAUAUGGGGUGCUGGCUUGGAUGUCAUGGUGCCAGAGCCUAUACCAGUAGACCAUCCCUUGGUUAGCCUUGAUAACUGUGUACUAUUUCCACAUGUAGGAAGUGCAACAGUGGGCACUCGAGCAGCAAUGGCAGUCCUAGCAGCAAAAAAUAUCCUGUGUGCGCUCAAGGGUCAGCCUAUGCCUUCACCUGUAUAGGCUGGAAUAUCUUAUUUCUAAGAUAUUUGCAGAAGAUCAUUAAAAUUGUUUUCAAGUCAUAUAAAAAUUGUUCAUUGGAAUAUAAUCAUUUUAAAAAAUAUCAAAACAGAA